UUUUCUCCCACGGCCCAUCUGCCCCUCCUCUCCUCCAUCCCCCUCUCCCCUCCGCUCCCCUUUAUUUCCACUCCCUAACGGCGGAGCUUGGCUCCCCUCCCUUCCCCCCUCUCCCUCUCUCUCCCUCUCGGCGAGUCAGUAUUUGGAGCUCCCGGAAGCCGCCGGCCACUCUCCCCGGGAGCAGCGUGACCGACACCGACUCCUGCUUGGGGGGGUGAGGAGGAGGAGAAGGGGAGGAGGGCGCGCGAGUGGCCGAGCGCGGAUUGGCAUCGCCCAGCACCGGACCGCAGAACCCGAGGGCAGGAUGGCAGAAAUGCAGGGGCUCAUGGAAAGACUGGAGCGGGCUGUCGGCCGACUGGAGCUGUUGUCUGCAGGGUCACACAGGCCUCCUGGGGACUGCGGGGAAGUUAACGGUGUCAACGGAGGUGUGGCACCCUCUGUGGAGGCCUUCGACAAGCUGAUGAACAGCAUGGUGGCUGAGUUUUUAAAGAAGAGUAGGAUCCUGGCUGGUGACGUGGAGACCCAUGCAGAAAUGGUGCAUAGUGCUUUCCAGGCCCAGCGAGCUUUCCUUCUGAUGGCCUCUCAAUACCAGCAACCCCAAGAGGUAAGAGUGUACCCUGAGAACCGAGAGUGCCCAGCGGAAUUGGCAGUGUAAGACAGAAAACAGGCAAGCAACAGAACCAGUUACUGUGAGACACGUCCCAAAAAUGAGAUGGAUAGGACUGAAAGUUUUAUCUCUAAUCCAGAUUAUAGUACAAAACCUUUCUUCGGCCUUUACAGUCUUGUUAUGACCAAAUUUACACUGUGACAUUCGACAUCACCUAUUUAAAGGGUCAGUUUAUCUAUGCACCUGUAUUCUAUCAGUUUUUACUAGUCUCACAACCAAUUUGUGAUUAAGGGAGUAUUUACUACUAAUUUUUAGUU